AUGCCUCAUGGUCCGCCGUACCUGCGUGAAGCGUCGUCAUCGCUCCUUCACAACAGGCGGCAGAGAGACAAGGCUUUACUUGUCGGCCUCGAGUACGGGCGCAAGGGAGACGACGCCGUUCCUCCUCUCCCUGGCAUCCAUGAAGACAUUCACUGCUUCAGAGAAUAUCUCAUUAAGCAUGAGCUGUACUGGCCUAAUAAUAUCACUGUGCUACUGGACGACGGCAUGGACGACACUCAGGGCAUCAAAUCUGUUGCGGACGAUUCUGACCUUUAUCGCUUGAACAAACCGAACAGGAAAACGAUCCUGCGCGAGUUCCGCCGUCUCGUUGAAGGGAUGAGAGAAGGCGAUUGUCGCAUCUUACUCAGCAAGUCUUGUCAUGGAGCUCAGCUAAUCAACUUGGAUGGCACGGAAGAGGACGAGCGCGACGAAGGUGUGUCCAGUCACAGGAUCCGCUUCAACGAGCGGUUGACAACGUCCUGCAGUCUUCAUUGCAGCUGGGAACGGUGGUUUCCCCCCUUCACAGGAGAUGCACCGUUGCUGGAGAGUCCAGAGGAUAUAGGUCGGCUUCCUGAGAAUCACGACUUCUACAAGGUGCUGAAAGGCCUCAUACUCGAUAAUGAAUUUCGAAAGGAGCUAGUCGAUGCUAUACCGCCAGGCUCUCAGCUCGUGGCUAUCGUCGAGACAUGUCACUCCGGAACGCUCCUUGACCUGGACUCUAUGAAACCGGAAGAGGUUCACGUGGACGACGAAGUUCACGGCUGCGGUAAUCCGGCGAAAGGUAAAACUCUCCAUCUCGGUCUGUCAUCACAGUACUCAUCGCCUCUCGAGAUAUCUCCAAGGUUUUGA